GUGGCAACUCAGUCCCCCUGUUAUAGUGUCUCACUCUCACAGAGAAGAUUCAGAUCAUCAAAUUCAAAAGCAAGCAACGAACGAUUAUCGCUAUGGACGCCAUUGAUUCCGUCGUUGAUCCUCUCAGAGACUUCGCUAAGGAUAGCAUCCGUCUCGUUAAGCGUUGCCACAAACCAGAUCGCAAAGAGUUCACGAAAGUUGCAGUUCGUACGGCGAUAGGGUUCGUAGUGAUGGGAUUCGUUGGCUUCUUUGUGAAGCUCAUCUUCAUUCCCAUCAACAACAUCAUCGUCGGCGCCACUUAGGAAGCAAAGAACAGAGUUUUGAGAGAGAGAGAGAAAAUUAGAGUUUUGCUGUUACAAGAAGUCACAUGUCACUUCUAUGUUUUCAUGUCAUCGGAUUCCAUUUGUUUCUAUGUUUUUUUUCUUUCUUAAUUUGUUCGCGACUGAGAUUUCAAGAAGUUGUGACCUAGAAUCCUACCAUUACUGUUUGAAUCCUACCCGAACUUUAGUUAUAAUAAUUUGAAUCCUACCA